AUGAUCUCCCUUUCCCUUCCUCUCCUGCCCUGUCUCGUCCCCUCCCUUGACUCUUUUCUCCCUUUUCCUUCUCCCCUGUUCCUCCUGUCCCCCCCUUUUGCUUUCCCUCUUUGCUCCUUCUCCCCCUCCCGUCCUCUCUCUCCUUUCUUCGUUUUCCUUGGGCCCAUGCUUGCCUGGCCCUCCGUCCUUCCUCUUUCUCCUGCCUUACCUACUGGCCCCUUUUCUCGUCUGUCUUGUUCCUUGUUCCGCCUGCGGCUUGCUGCCUCUCUUCUGCUCCUUUCCCCCUCUGUGCCUUCUCUGGUUCUGCUCUGCCUUCCUCUCCUGCGCCCGGGCUCCUCCCCUCCUGCUCUUCUAGGGUCCCUUCCGUGCCUCCUCCUCCUUCUCCUCCUGUGCCCUUCUUCUCUGCUGCGUUUUCUGGCUUUCCUGCCUUCCGCCUCCCCCUUGCCUCUCCCCUGCCUGUGUUCCUUCUCUCUGUCAACACCUACCUUACCCCCCCCUUUUUCACCUCCUUUUGCUGCUUUUCUCUGCCUCCUUUCUGCUUCCCUCCUUCCUCUUUCUGCGUCCUGCUCCCCUAUGGCGCCUCCUUCUUGCCCUCUAUACACCUGUGUGCUCCUGUCCUCUUCCCCCUCCUGUGUUCCCCCUGAUUCUCCUCCCCUUCCUCUUUCCCCCUUGCUUUCUUCAGGCCUGUGCUCGCUUGGCUCUUGGGUCCUCCUUUUACCACUCUUGUCUGCUGCUUCACUCUCCCUGACCUGUCUUGUGUGCACUUGCUACCCCUCCCCUGCUCUGCCUGCCUGCUCCCUCCCUCUGAUGCCCUGUACCUUCCUUCCUUGUUCCCUGUGUGCUGUCCUCUUUGCCUGCUCCCACCCUCCUCCUGUGGCCCCUCUUCCCUUGUCUUCUCUUCUCUUUUCCCUGCUGUCUCUGGUUUUUCUAUUUUCCUCCUCCCUUCCCUUCUGCUCUUCCCCUUUGCUCUUUCUCCCCUCUCUGCCUCUCCUCCCUUCCCCUCCUGUCCUUUCACUCACUCCUUCUCUUACUGCCCCUCCUCUCUUCCUCCUCCCUUUGCCCCCCGUUUCCCUUCUUUCUUUAGUCUCCCUCUUUCCCCGCUCUCUCCCGUUCCUUGUCCUCUCCUUCUUUCAUCUGCUUCUUCUGUUCCUCCCCCUCCCUGUUCCUCGUCUUCUGCCCCCUGGGUCCUGCCCACCCCUCCUCUGUGUCUCUACCCUGACCUCCUCCUGGUCCACUUGGCUCUCCCCGUUCUUCUGCUCAUUCUCCCUACUACUUUCUUGCCGCGCUCCUCCCUCCUUCUGUCCCCUUCUGUAUUCCCCCUCCCCUGUGCUCUUCCCUGACCCUUUGACCUUUUGUUUCUGCCUCCCUUCCCUCACUUCUCCGCAGUUUCCUUAG